AUAGAUCUUGUGAAACGCCACAGGCCUUGUGCAAUCUCGCCAAGGCACUUAAGGAUCCGUCGAAGUUGCGGAUAUUAAAGUGUGAUUUUACGAAUGAGCAGACUAUCAAGGAUCUCUGUAAUAUACCUCAGUUGAUGGGACAGACUAUCGAAACUGUAGUUAUUAAUGAUGGGGGCAUGGAUUGAGGUACAGUGAUUGAAGGAACCUCUCAGUCUUACUAUCACCACUUCCAAAACAAUACGUUUGGACCACUUCUUGCCGCCAAAUACCUUCUUCGUAUACCUAGUGUUCAAAUCUCCAACAUUGCAUUCAUUUCCGACAGUUGUGGGUCCUCUGGCAUUCAAUCAUGCAUAUGGGGUCUAGCCGCAUAUUCUGCUUCUAAAGCCGCGCUUAAUAUGGGUUUGCGUCUUCUAGCCGUCGAAAUACACAGACAUUUAGACUCCGAAGCUCCGGUUAUAUUGGCUCUUCAUACAGCUGAAAUAGGCGCUGAUCUGGGACCUAAUCCCGCGGAGUUGACGGAGACGCAAAUAAGCGUGAGAGGAUGUUUGAAAGUUAUAAGGGAAAAGGGAAAAUAUGGAAUUGAUGAGGGUGGGAAAGCGUCUGCUUGGGCGAUGGGUGUGAUGGAAGAUCUGGAAGCAGCGACGUUAUGGACUUGGAAUGGGUUGAGACAUCCUUGGUGAACUGCUUCUGGCGAUUGUUUGUGGGAAUUGGAGAGAUGUACUGGAUGGGCUGUAUUUGUUAUUGUGGGGUGGGCGUUGAUUAUAUUAUACCAAGAUGAAUCGUGGGAUAAUUUAGAUAGGGUGUAUGGGUUUUAUGGGCUGGAACUUGGAGUCGAGCAAUCAGCAUGGACCGUAUGAUCUCUUAGACCAAUAAAUAUCACAUGCAUA